CGCGAAAAUUGUUGUUGUCUCCAAGAAACCAACUUUCCCUCUUUUCCUGUUAACCGAUAAACUACUUUUAUUAGUUAUUAAAGUUGUUUCGUCUAAACUAUGGCUUCGCAUACACUAAAAUGUAAUCCGGAUUCAAAAGUUCAUGAACAAAGUAAUCGUUCAAAGUUUAUGCAUCAGCACAAUUUGAAAUUUUCUAAGCUCUAUCCUAUAAUGGAUGAUCCUAUUGAAGAGUGUAAACAGCGUUUAGCAGAAGCGACAGCAGAAUUAAAAGAUAAGAGAAAAUUAUUCGCUGAGAAAAUGGCGAAAUCCCGAGAACAACGUGCUCUAUUACAGCAUGAUGUGAAUGCUUUAGAAGAACGGAAAUUGAAGUGUCAAAGUUUUAUUAGAGAUAAUGAUGCAAAGCGUUGGAGAGCUCUACAGAAAUUCUGUACAGAUAAUCAUUUGUGUACAGUUAAAAAGAAAGAACGACAGAAUUUAAUUAGUGAAUUAAGAAAGGCCAAAGAACUUUAUGCGUCCUUGCUAGCUAAAGUCGCUGAUUUGAAGAAAUAUGAAACGUACUUACAAAAAGUAGUGGAUUCGUUACCUAAAGAUUAUAUCAAGCUAGCCGAUGAUGCUAUAAUUGGUCUGAUUAUGAGAUAUAAUUCACUACACAGUACAAAUGAAAGAUUAAAAAGAGAAAUGGAGACUAAAGCUGAAGAAUUGAGAGAAGCACAAAAUGACUUAAGAAAAUUGAAAGAAUCACAUCGUUUCUUGUUAUUUAAUAAAAACUCUGAAUUAUCUGCGUUGUACAGUGAACGUGAAUGUCUUGACAGUCAUUUUCAAGCGACUAAUUCAACUUUUGUACAAUGUCAUGAUGAAUUAGUGAAUCAGCUCUCUUUUUUCAUGACAGUAAUAAGGGCUAUCAAUAAUUUGACGGGAAAAUUAUUGCGAACAUACGAUUUCACUCUAUCUGGACAAACAUUGUUAAGCAAAAUACAAAAGAUGACAGUUUUGUCUAGAUGUCAUUUUAUUGAGGAUCGUAUCUCAACUAUUCGUACAAUAUUAGUACAAAUAGUAACGGAUACCGGACAGUUACCAGUUUGUAAAUGCUGUCGGCCACAGUUGACAAAUCAACAGAUAGCUGGAGUGAUUGCUACUUCACCAAGUGAAUUAGCUUUCUUAAUCAAAUUGACAACUUUACCAAGUGAGCGUCCUUCCAUUGUUUCUUUUUCUGCACUUAUUCCUCCACUUCCAAAUACUUCAGCUAUUUAACAAUAUAUUUCAUUUGUUCAGUUACCGAGACCAAGC